UAAAAACAUUUUCACAAACAUUUUCUGUGUCGAUCCACAGUGAUCUCGUUGGACACAAACGGAUCGAGGCAUCGAGCUGAGUACGCUCGUGCGGAAAUGGAGCUCUCGUCGUCGCUUGCUGCCGCGUUGCACUCACCUCUCUUCCUCCUCGCCGUGGUUCUCCUCGUGACCGUCGUCUUCUCCUUGCUGAGCUCCUCGUCGACCAGGAAGCCUCCUCCGUCCUGCGGCGAUGGCGGCGGCCGGCGGCUGCAGCUUCCUCCGUCGCCACGGGGUGUCCCGUUUCUUGGGCACCUACCGCUUCUUGGCUCCCUGCCGCACCGGAAGCUCCGGUCUUUGGCCGAGGCGCACGGGCCGGUGAUGCUGCUGCGGUUCGGAGGCGUGCCCACCGUGGUGGCGUCGUCGGCCGCCGCGGCGCAGGAGGCCCUGAGGACGCGCGACGCGGCGUUCGCGAGCCGGCCCAGGGUGCGCAUGGCGGAGCGGCUCAUCUACGGCCGGGACAUGGUGUUCGCGCCCUACGGCGAGUUCUGGCGCCAGGCGCGCCGCGUUAGCGUGCUCCACCUCCUCAGCCCGCGCCGCACCCUCUCCUUCCGCCGCGUCCGGGAGGAGGAGGUCGCCGCGCUUCUCGACCGCGUCCGGCGCCAUCGCGGCGGCGGCGACGCCGUGAACCUGAGCAACAUGCUCAUGUCCUACGCCAACGGCGUCAUCUCGCGGGCCGCGUUCGGCGACGGCAGCUACGGGUUCGACGGCGACGAGGGGGGCGAGAAGCUGAGGGAGCUGUUCGCCGACUUCGAGGGGCUCCUCGGGACGGCGACGUUGGGGGAGUUCGUGCCGUGGCUGGCGUGGGUGGACAAGCUGACGGGCCUCGACGCCAGGGCGGUGCGCACGUCGGCGGCGAUGGACGGCUUGCUGGAGCGCGUCGUCGCUGACCACCGCGAGCGGCGCCGGCGCCGGCGAGGCCAGCCGGUCGGCGACGGCGAGGCGGACGCUGAUCACCGGGACUUCGUGGAUGUGAUGCUGGACGUGAGCGAGGCGGAGGAGAACGCCGGCGCCGGAGAGGUGCAAUUCGACACCGUAGCCAUCAAGGCCAUUAUCCUGGAUAUGAUAGCGGCUGGCACAGACACCACCUUCACAACGCUGGAGUGGGCCAUGGCGGAGCUCAUCAACCACCCUCCGGUGAUGCAGAAGCUGCAGGACGAGAUCCGCGCGGCCGUCGCCGGCGGCCGCCGCGCCACCGGAGUAGUCGUCACCGAGGACCACCUCGGCGAGCUUCCGUACCUCAAGGCCGUGAUCAAGGAGACGCUUCGGAUGCACGCGCCGGUGCCGCUGCUCGUUCCCCGGGAAACGGUGGAGGACACGGAGCUGUUGGGGUACCGUGUCCCGGCGCGCACGCGGGUGAUGAUCAACGCGUGGGCCAUCUGUUGUGACCCGGCUUCAUGGGGGGAAAGCGCAGAGGAGUUUGUGCCGGAGCGGUGGCUUGCGGGCGGUGACAAGGAUGACGUGGAGUACGCGCUGCAGUUAGGCCAGGACUUUGGAUUCAUACCGUUUGGUGCUGGUAGGAGGGGUUGUCCUGGUGCCAGUUUUGCUGCACCAAGUCUUGAAUUGGCGCUCGCCAACCUGUUGUACCACUAUAACUGGGAGCUACCAGCGCAAACGGGGGUGAAGUUGGACUUGAGUGAACUGUAUGGGUUGUCCAUGCGUCUUAAGGUUGCACUAAAUCUAGUCGCCAAGCCUUGGCCGGAAACCGAUGUUUGAUUUGUUUAGUUUGAAAGAACUGUAAUUGUUGUUUCCACCUUGCAUCUGCUAUAUAUGUUUUAUGAAGCUUUUGUUCAUGGAUAGAAUCUACCCAUUUUGAUCGUAGUGUCACAGUAUCUAUGUGGUACAUAU